AUGUACCACCGCGCGGGCAAUCAAACAUGGACACCACCACCUAACUUCGCCAUGGUCGAAGCAGGCAUCUACCGUAGCGCCUACCCAACGCUUGCCGCUGUGCCGUACUUAAAGCACAUUGGCAUCAAGACGGUCGUGUUGCUUUCCAUUGAGCUGCUCCCCGGACCCGUUGCGCAGGCUCUCUCCAGCACAAGUCCUACUGUACGGACUGCUGCUAGCACAGAUGCUCCUCGCGCUUGGAAAGAAGAUGCUCACGCCGCACCACCCAUUCGUGUCGUGUACAUUGCAGACUUAACAGAAUGGAUGAAUGAAUACUCAUGGUCGAGAGACGACUUUGCUGUUUCUGAUGUGCAACAUGCCCUUGACUUUGCCCUGCAAACAGAUUUCCAACCUGUCCUUUUCGCCUGCCCGACUGGGGAGAUGCAGACAAGUGUUGUUGUGGGCUGCAUGCGACGCUAUCAAGGUUGGACGGUUGCUGCGGCUCUCGCGGAGUGCCAGCUGUUUGUAAAUGUAAGCAAACGUGUUCGCUCUAGUGUUAUGAGUUUCAUUGAGCGAUGGGACCUCGGCGAGCGGCCUGUGCGGGAGACGGACAUUGCUAGCCGAAAGCGGGAGCUCCUGUUGCGUGAACGGCAACACGAGCACUACCAGCGGCGGCGUCGCAAAGGCGCUACGCACACAACAACCGAUACAGACUCCGAAAAUGAGGAUGCCAUGUCACGUGACUCGGCGGCGAAAGCGGGGCGGAGGGGCAUCCCGGAAUCGACGUCGGCGCACCGCGAGGACAGUGCAACAGGAAAGCGGUCCGUGCACACGGUAAAGAUUAGCGAGGAUGGCGUCUCAGGUUCGGCGUCACCGGCGCCAGUGCUGCUGGCUCCGUGGUACAUCGCUACCCUCGCCCGGCGUGAGGCUCUCGCGGAUGCCAUUCGCGCAGCGCGGGCGAAAGUCCGUGGUCCGCGGGACCCUCUGCCGGAACCGCAUGUGCGGUACUUUGGUGUGCGGAACCCCCCAGCGCUCGACGAGCGUUCGACGUUCACGAAGGAGUCCGUCGUGGAGGAGGACGACGACUGA